AUGUCGGAGUCCCGAGACUAGUACAUAACACACAAUCUAAUCUCUUUCCUUACUUACCACAACUCCACUCAUCUUUCUCAAACAUGGCCCCAGGCGUUCAGAUUCACACAAAGGACAAUCAGCUUGCCCAAGUUGACAUUCUUACCGACGGUGCACUUUCCUUCCUCGCUGCACUUCAUAGGACGUUUGAGUCUACCAGACAUAACCUCCUAAUCGCGCGCGACGUUGCACAGCGCAGGUUUGACUCGGGAGUGCCUCUUGACUUUCCUCCUGAAACAGCUCACAUCCGUGCUGAGCCCUCAUGGCACUGCGCGCCCCCUGCACCUGGUCUUCAAGACAGACGCGUUGAGAUCACCGGUCCUACUGACCGUAAGAUGGUCAUCAAUGCUCUGAACAGUGGCGCGAAAACCUUCAUGGCAGAUUUUGAAGACUCCAGUGCUCCUACGUUUGCAAACAUGAUUAACGGGCAAGUCAACUUGCGGGACGCAAUCAAGCGUCAGAUCGACUUCGAGUCUGGUGGGAAGCAAUACAAGCUGUCUGCGAAUCCAGCUGUGCUUAUCGUUCGGCCUAGGGGCUGGCACCUGGACGAGACGCGUGUCACGGUCGACAACACCCCUGUCUCGGGCUCUCUCUUCGACUUUGGACUCUACUUCUACCAUAAUGCCCGCGAGCUCAUCAAGGGGGGCUCGGGCCCUUACUUUUAUCUUCCCAAGAUGGAGCACUAUCUCGAGGCCCGUCUAUGGAACGACGUCUUCCUAUUUUCUCAGUCCUACAUUGGAAUACCCCACAAUACCAUUAGGGCGACUGUCCUCAUCGAGACACUUCCCGCGGCAUUCCAAAUGGAAGAAAUUCUCUUUGAGCUUAGAAACCACUCUGCUGGAUUGAAUUGCGGAAGAUGGGACUAUAUUUUCAGUGCCAUCAAGAAGCGGAGGGCGGACAGAAGCGCCGUCUUACCAGACAGGAAGGAUGUUACUAUGACAGUACCUUUUAUGGAUUCGUAUGUGCGUCUUUUAAUCCAAACUUGUCACAGGAGGAAGGUUGCUGCUAUGGGCGGCAUGUCUGCUCAAAUUCCUAUCAAGGAUGACCUUCAAGCCAACGAGGUGGCGAUGGACAAGGUUCGAGAAGACAAGCUCCGCGAGGUCACAGCUGGCCAUGAUGGCACCUGGAUUGCGCACCCCUUAAUCAAUCACAUUGCUCGCAAGGUGUUCGACGAAAAUAUGCUCGGUCCUAACCAGUAUCACGUCAGACGUGAGGAUGUGAAAGUUGCUGCCGCGGACUUGUUGAGUGCCAGCGUUCCUGGAAAGAUCACCGAGGACGGCAUCCGCUCCAAUGUCUCUGUGGCUCUUGCCUACUGUGCAGCCUGGAUCGGCGGCAAUGGCUGCAUUCCUGUCAACUAUUUAAUGGAGGAUGCGGCUACUGCUGAGAUCGCACGUGUGCAGCUCUGGCAGUGGGUUAAAUACAGCGCACGUAUUGACACUGGCGUGGAGAUUACCACACAGUAUGUCGACCGCAUCAUCGCAGAGCAAACGCCCGGGAUCAAGAAGAUCGCCCCGGGCGUCAAGGACAACCACUUAAAAAUUGCCACCAAGUAUCUCAUGGGUCAAAUCAGGCAACAGUGGCCAAGCGAAUUUUUGACGAGUGACUUGAUGCCAUACUUGACGAAGGCUGAUGGUGUCGAGGAGAAGUGGUACAGGAGCUCUUUGUAAAAGCGCUGCAGACGCGCGUAAUCCUGUUUUGUCGGUUCUGUCAACCCUCUGUUGUUAGUUUAUGCUUCACGAACCCCGAAAUAUACUUGCCCAGUGUACUUGUAGUAUCAUACGGACUGGUUGAUGGGCUGAACGUUGAAUCACCAAAGUAUUAUGUAUGCUAUGGUUAGCAUGCACUAUCUCUCA